GCACGUAUUUUAGGUUUAUUUUCUUCUAUGGAGCAAUACUUGGUGAGAUUUUCAUCGUUGGCUGAGGUUUUUCAUGUUGGUUGGUGUGUAGUAGAAAACAAUAUAAAGAAAUGGCUAGUCAGCAAAAAGGAGAAGAAGAUCAGCCAACUUCCAGCCCCCCUGCUGCUGGUUUUGGGCAGAUGGCAGUAGAACGAUAUCGAAAAAUCAGAGAGCAUGCAGAAACUUAUCCCUAUGUGUGGGCUUCAUACAUCGUUGUAUAUGGCGGUUUAGGCCUAUGGGCCACCUAUAGAUGGAGAAAGCUUCGCAAAACCGAGGACAGAGUGCGAGCCCUUCAAGAGAGGCUACGCAAACUUGUCGAAACUCAAGAGGGUGCCAGCUCCGCCAGGUCUGUUGAAAAGGCUCCAUCAUCCGCUGAUAAAACAACCAAAUAGCCAUCAGCUAUUUCUAUCCAGGCUUUUCCUAUACUAGUUUUGAAACAUAUUAGCUUGGAAUAUGUUUGCAAGAGUUGAUGAAAAUCUCAAAUGGGCAAAAGUGCAAAUACUAUUUUUGGAUAAACAGAGCGAAGAAUUGUGCAUUCCCCAUGAAAUUUCUCUUGUCAAUUUCUUAGAAGCGGUGAAAUCCACCAACCUCUACAAUUUUUGUGUAUGGAGGUGAUUAUUCUGUGUUAAUUCACGGCCUGAACAGAGAGCUGGAUGAAAUGAUACAUAUCUGGUUGAACUGUUUAAUGUCUA